GAAAGUUUUACUGUAGAAGUAAAAAAUAGAAUUAGUUUUUGAAAGCUGAUAUUAACAAUAAGUAGAAAAGAUGACUAUUAUUAUGUAGACUGUCAUCUGAUGAAUGAUUCUAACGUCAAGGAGAAUUUGGUGACAUUUUCGGUAACUGAAUGAGGUAAAUAAAAUCUCAUACAAUGAUUUAUGAACAAAUCUAUACAUUUUUGACGGCUUGAAUGAAAGAUAUGAAUAGGAAGCCCUUAAGUAAGAAAUAGAUCAAAGUCUUCAAGUCGAUUAUCUUCAACCACUAGUUGCUAACAAAAAUUAAACCUCACUCUUCAAUAACUUUACUCCACCUAACUUGAAUGUUAUGAAGAAUGGAAUAAUACACUAUUACUUCAGUGACUGUAUAAUAAUAGAAAUGAUAGUUCUUGAUGUGGUUGAAAGUCGUUAGUGCAAAAUCCUAGACUGAGUUCCCGCAUUUAGUUGACAUUUAUCAUCAAGGUAUGCAUAAAAUCUCGAGAGAAAUUGCUCCUCCUUAUAGAAUUCGAAGUUAUGUCAUCUAGUUUGACAUUCUCAGACAUUGUCACUGAGCCUAAUGUGCCGCAGCCAACAUCCUGCAGGAAUGGUGUGCAAUAAUGCUUGAUUAGUCACUAGGUAGUAACAUAUUUGCUCUUUGUUUAAAUCUUUAUUGAUAGUCGAACUAUAUCAAUAAAGUUGCAAUAAAAUCGCUAAUAUUACUGACUCAAAAAUAACAUGCACUAUGUUAAAGUAAUAGAUGGUUAGGUGAUCAUUCAAUAAAUCCGUUCAUUUUAGUCAUUCCCGACUUCAUCGAUAGACAUUCUGUAAUAAAAUUUAGUUAAACCAAUAAAACACUGAUUAUUCUCUCGUUUUUGACCGUAAUCAAAGUGAUUUCAAUAAAUGUUAUCAAUAAAUAUCUUUUAUAAAAAUAUAAUAUAGCCAUUCGUAGUUUCUUAAUUUGCAAAUUUAAGAUCAAUUUCAUGAAAGAAAGCUUUUUAAGUUUAACACGUCCUGUAUUGUAAGCACCUGAAAAACUGAAUUCCUGACUACUUCGUAGUCUUCCAAAGUCUUUGACUCUUGAAAUAUGAAUAAAAAUAUGAAGCCGAAAUUAUAGAAUAAGUUAUAUUCGAAAAAUAAGAUUAUAUACAGAAAAUAAGCGAAUUUAUAAGAUUACUAUCACCUUGAAGUUCUAGAACCUCUGGUGAUAGACAUUAGGAUUGUCGAUGAGUUUGUGAAUUGUCCAAUUAACAUUUUCGUGGACGUUAACACUGUUGAAUGCCGGUUCAGUUGUCUAGAGUUUAAGCGUUCACGAGCGUGACCGAAGGUCCUGGAUGCUCACUGCUCAGGAGUCCCACACUAGGACGAAACGGUCGUCCAGUACUCCAAGGUUCUUAAUGGUGGUCUAGCAUUGAUCGAUCCAUGAUCUCAAUCAUAAGAUUUUAUAAACUUAUUAUUUAGUUUUGUGAACUGUGCAUAGAAAAUUUCAAGAAUAUGCUUACUGAUUAAGCAUUUCGACCAGCGUUUUUUUAUUGAUUCCUACAUACUUUUACAAGAGAUCAUCAUUGACUUUGAUAACUUAAAAAUCAAUUGAAAUGUAAGUCUAUACUCGAUAUCGUCAAGGUUCAUAAUCAAGUGACUAUAAUUUCAGUCAAUAUAUUAACUUUAUUGAAAUCAUGAGCCGAUCCAACUUAGACAAAUAUGGGAAAUCUUGAGACAUUGGAUGGUCAUUUAGUCCUAGUACGAAGUCCUAGUAAGAAACCGUGAUCAAUGAAGUUAUACUGUCUCUGAUGUGAAAAAGUUACCUAAUUAAAAUGACAUAAGUUUGUCGUUCAGUAUUCCAAAUUGAUCGAAGUUAGAUGGAUGCCGGCUCAGUGAUCUAGAGGUUAGUCGUUAGUGCACAAGAUCUAAGGUUCUAGAUUCCAUUCCCCGUUGCGGGGUUGUAAAUGUAUUAUUAAGUAAUCCCUUACUAGGACGAAACAUUCAUCUAGUGCUUUCACGUUCUCAAUGAUUGUCUAACUAAUAUCAGAUCAUGAUAAAAAGUAUGAAAGUUCACCAAUCUCUAAAAAUCCAGUAAGUUAUUUAAAGAAGAAUGUAUUUGUAAAAUCUCAGCGAAAGAAUUUGAAGCAGAUCCAACCUUUCGCCUGGCGAUCUGAUUCAAGCUCUUUCAAGGAGAUAUUUCCAUGUUUAAUUCAAUCAUAUUGUUAACUUGUCUUUAUUCUUGUUUAACAUUAUAUAACAAAAAUUGUCUGUUUCAAACCAAUCAUAGUUUAUUUCAAUUUAUUUCUAAAACUACAACCACCACUCCCUCAUUUGUAGCACACUGACAUCGGUUGUUCAGUUCUUUUUUCUCAGUUUGUACGAUUCAUCCAUUAAAAUUUCAUAUGAUUCUUAAUACACACAAAUAUUAAGUUUAUCAAGAUUAGUAACACGUUUAAUUCUUCAUAUGAUAUAUGUUGACAACAAAAUAAAAAUGAUUUCCCAAUUUGUACAAGAUAAAACAUAAUAAAUAGUAAAAUGUUUAUUUUUAUUUUGUAUCACUAUAACUAUGUAAUCGAUGGGCUUAAUCUUAGUUUCUUUGUUUCUCAUCUAUUAUCGAUUCCUACUUGUCUGAUAUACGCAUAAUAACGUGUAUAUAUUUGUGAAAACAUCUUUUUUUGACAAGCAAAUGAAUUAUACCUUCUUUUUUUGUCCGACAUGUUAAACCUAAAAGCAAUAUCUUAAUUCAUCCAUUUGUUGUUAGGAUACUUUUUUUUUUCUUAUCGACUAUAUUACACAUUAAUGUGUAAAUAUGUAUAGGACAUGUUUCUAUUCACAUUAAUUCAUCUAUAAUACAUAUACACAAACAUACACAAUAUACAUAUAUAGACCAAGAAGAGAUUCAUAAAACUAAAGUUGUAAUUUAUCAAUGAAAUUAAUUGUUCAUCCAUUAGAGAGACUGAAUUCGAGAUCAUCAUCAUCAUCAUCAUCAUCAUCAUCAUCAUCAUCAUCAUCAUCAUCAUCAUCAUCAUCAUCAUCAUCAUCAUCAUCAUCAUCAUCAUCAUCAUCAUCAUCAUCAUCAUCAUCAUCAUCAUCAUCAUCAUCAUCAUCAUCAUCAUCAUCAUCAUCAUCAUCAUCAUCAUCAUCAUCAUCAUCAUCAUCAUCAUCAUCAUCAUCAUCAUCAUCAUCAUCAUCAUCAUCAUCAUCAUCAUCAUCAUCAUCAUCAUCAUCAUCAUCAUCAUCAUCAUCAUCAUCAUCAUCAUCAUCAUCAUCAUCAUCAUCAUCAUCAUCAUCAUCAUCAUCAUCAUCAUCAUCAUCAUCAUCAUCAUCAUCAUCAUCAUCAUCAUCAUCAUCAUCAUCAUCAUCAUCAUCAUCAUCAUCAUCAUCAUCAUCAUCAUCAUCAUCAUCAUCAUCAUCAUCAUCAUCAUCAUCAUCAUCAUCAUCAUCAUCAUCAUCAUCAUCAUCAUCAUCAUCAUCAUCAUCAUCAUCAUCAUCAUCAUCAUCAUCAUCAUCAUCAUCAUCAUCAUCAUCAUCAUCAUCAUCAUCAUCAUCAUCAUCAUCAUCAUCAUCAUCAUCAUCAUCAUCAUCAUCAUCAUCAUCAUCAUCAUCAUCAUCAUCAUCAUCAUCAUCAUCAUCAUCAUCAUCAUCAUCAUCAUCAUCAUCAUCAUCAUCAUCAUCAUCAUCAUCAUCAUCAUCAUCAUCAUCAUCAUCAUCAUCAUCAUCAUCAUCAUCAUCAUCAUCAUCAUCAUCAUCAUCAUCAUCAUCAUCAUCAUCAUCAUCAUCAUCAUCAUCAUCAUCAUCAUCAUCAUCAUCAUCAUCAUCAUCAUCAUCAUCAUCAUCAUCAUCAUCAUCAUCAUCAUCAUCAUCAUCAUCAUCAUCAUCAUCAUCAUCAUCAUCAUCAUCAUCAUCAUCAUCAUCAUCAUCAUCAUCAUCAUCAUCAUCAUCAUCAUCAUCAUCAUCAUCAUCAUCAUCAUCAUCAUCAUCAUCAUCAUCAUCAUCAUCAUCAUCAUCAUCAUCAUCAUCAUCAUCAUCAUCAUCAUCAUCAUCAUCAUCAUCAUCAUCAUCAUCAUCAUCAUCAUCAUCAUCAUCAUCAUCAUCAUCAUCAUCAUCAUCAUCAUCAUCAUCAUCAUGGCCACUGAGUUCAUCAAUAGCUAUCAUUCAACAGUGUAUUCAGUCGAUGGAUAUUUCAAUAUCAAACUAA